CAAGGUUGGCAACACUGAAAACAUGGAACAACAAUAGAUCAAUAACAUUUACAAAUUUUUAAAGUUCCGCACGUUUUUAAAUAAUUAGAAAUGGCUUUUUCUCAAAAGCACGAUGGAAAGGUGUAUGUGCCUUGGUAUAAUACUAACGAGUGGCGAAGUGUUUACAAUUUACUAACCUCAAAUUGCCCUGAAAAUUUAAGAAAAGCUUUAUCAAUAUUAAAAAUAUGGAAGAACAUAACACCAUUACUGUCUGCGGGAGUUGAAGGUACCUUAAUAUUGUUGGAGACAAUAUUAGCCGACUUCAAUAAUACACCGGAGCCUCAAGUAAUUCAAAUUUACUCAAUAACUCUCUUGAGAUUUUUAAAUAUUUCUGCAGCGAACAGCAAUAGACAAGGAAAUUUUAAUAGAACAGUUUCAAAAAAUGAUCUCCCCAAAUGGCUUAUUGAUAUUCGACAUGACAUAGCUCAUGAUCACAUACUGCCAUCAAAAUCAAUGCUGGAACUAGCAUUAACAAAUUCUCUGCAGUGGCUAAUUGAAAAAUAUUGGAAAAUUCAAAAUCACUCUAUUUCUGACUAUGUCGUGAACACUGAUUAUUCAAAUGCUAAAAUUUUUGAUUGUCUAAAUGCAUAUGUUAGACUGAAUUUAAACAUGUAUAGAGGCUUUGAUUUAAAUGAAUAUGAUGAGGCUUUAAUGGAAAAAGUCAACUAUUUGGUUUCAAAAAGGUACAACAAAUUAAAAACAGAUACACAAGGAUUAAUAAUUAUCUUAGAGGAAAUUUUGAAACAAGCUCUCUCAGAUCCAGAUAAUAGGAAAAUUGCAAAUAAAGUGGCAAAAAAAUUAGUAGAUGAAAAAGCACUUUUAGGUGCUAAUUUAGAAACAACUAAAGAAGGUAAUGAAGUUAUAUCCAAGACAUUUAAAAAGUUAUGGAAAAAUUUGCUAAAUAUCUUAUACGAAAAUGAGGGAUUCUUGGCAGCUCUCUUUGACCAACUGUGGUUGUUUAUUAUAUGCAAUAGCAAGAUUGAAAUUGAUAAAAAAAUUGCAUGUCUUUGGAUUUGCGAUUUGUUGAAUGGUUUAUUAAAAGAGCAGGCUCUACAAAAAGAGCUGACUAACCAAAUCGAGCAAAAUCCGUCACAAGCAGAUUUAAUGACAACCAGAUUAAAUUUAAAAUACAAGUUAGAAAAGAAAUUUCCCGAGUAUCAAGACUGUACGGAAUUUGAAUCAUUGGAAAAAUUAUGUUUAGUCAAUUUAGACAAUUUUGAGAAGAACAUCCUUCAAAACCCGAAUAUUUUUGCAGUAAAAUUUCUUGAUAGGGUAAUGAAGUUCAAUAAAAAUCCCGAAGAUUAUAGAUGUUUGAUAACACAUACGUUUGCGAACAUGUACGAAAGAAUUGGUAGAACAAGUAAGAUUGGAUUUUCGAAUAUAUCGACGAUUGACAAUUUACCAUUUAACCUAGGCACUUAUGAAACAGAUAUUCCUUCUAGAAUAGAUAGAAAUUGUUUUGAAAAUACUAAAGACGCUGUUAUGAAAGAAGAUGUUUUACAUUGUAAGAGAUUGAUAAAGAUAAAAAAUACUUUACCGUAUAAAAACUGCCCUUUUGGACAACUACCCCAUCAGAGCAAGACGGAGAAUCCUCUCCUAAUGAACCGUAAUUAAACAUUUUUAGAUUCACUAUGAGUAUUAAUGUUCUGUUUUAUAUUAUUACUUUAAAUAAAGUAACAAUUGCAGAACUUCUGGCA